AUGUCUUUGGAAGAUAUUGUUAAAAAUCUUGCUAAGAAUGCUCUUCAAUUUCAACAGGAAACAAGGUCAAGCAUUCAGAAUUUAGGCAAUCAAAUUACUCAAUUGGCUACGUCGAUCAGUAAAUUGGAGGCUCAAAAUUCUGGAAAACUACCUUCAAAACCAGAGAUAAAUCCAAAGGAGAAUGUUAGUGCAAUUUUUCUAAAAAAUGGAAAGAAGAUUCCUUUAAGGUCGAUUCCACCUAAGGGAAGUGAACCGAGCAAGGAAAAGGAAGAAGAUCAUGUGGGAUUAGCUAAGCCAAAAGAAGAUGAGCAAGAAAAGGAGAUCUUGGAUACAAUUAGGAAGAAUAUACCAGAAAAAUGCAAAGAUCUAGGUAUAUUUUCAUUACCUUGUGUUAUUGGUAAUACAAAAAUUGAGCGUGCCAUGUUAGAUUUGGGAACUUCCAUUGAUGUCAUGCCAUCUUCUAUUUAUCUAGAUUUGAAAUUAAAUGACUUGCAAAAGACUGGUGUAGUGAUUCAAUUAGCUGAUCAUUCUUAUAUUCAUCCCCUUGGAGUUGUUGAAGCUGUUUUAGUGCAGGUUAAUGAGCUCAUAUUUCUUGUCAACUUUUACAUUUUAGAAAUGGAUGGUAAUUUCUCAUCAAAAUCAGCUUCGAUUUUAUUAGGACGACCAUUCAUGAAAACUGCUAAGACAAAGAUUAAUGUAGAUGAGGGUACUCUCUCCAUAGAGUUUGAUGGAAAGAUUGUUAAAUUUAAUAUUUUUGAUGCAAUGAAAUAUCCUAAUAAUGUACAUUCUCUUUGCCAUAUUGAUGUAAUUGAUCCAAUUGUGCAGGAAGUAUUUGUAAAAGAAAGUGUUGGUGAUGAGCAAGAAUUAGAUGCAAAAUCUAAUUUUAGAAGGAAUUGA